UCUCCUCCUUUCAUCUCUUCUUCUGUGUGUGCGUGUCUGCGAAGCGUGAGAGAGAAACGUACGCGACGCGACGAGCUCCUACUCCGAUCUCCCCGAUGCGAUCUCGCCAAACCCUAAUCCCACCCACCACCGCGCCGGAGUCCUAGCGCCGCCCGCAGCCGCCGCCGCCGUCCGGAUGCUGCGGCCGUGACCUCCUCCUCCUCCGCCUCUGACAUCCCAGCCAUGGGAGCCGCCGACAAGUGGCUCCUCCCGCUCGUGUCGGUCUCCUUCGUCUCGCUGCUGCUCUUCCUCUCCGCGCUCUCGGGCUUCUCCGCCUCCUCCUCGCUCUUCGCGCGCCUCCCGCCGCCCUCCUACGUCCGCCGCGGGGCAGCCGCGCCGCCGUCCUUCGCGUACGUGCUGUCGGGGGGGAGAGGGGAGGGGAGGAAGCUGCUGCGGCUGCUGCUCGCGGUCUACCAUCCCAGGAACCGCUACCUGCUCCACCUCUCGGCCGAUGCGCCCGAGUCCGAGCGCGUCGAGCUGGCCGCCGCCGUGUCGCGCGCCGCGCCCGCCGUGCGCGCCUUCGGGAAUGUCGAUGUCGUUGGCCGCCCCACCGCUGGCACACCGAUGGGAUCCUCGGGACUCGCGGCUACGCUCCGCGCCGCGGCCGCGCUGCUGCGCCUGGAUUCCGAGUGGGACUGGUUCGUCACGCUCAACGCCGCCGACUACCCCCUUGUCACCCAGGACGACUUGAUUCAUGUCUUCUCCUCAGUGCCAAGGCAUCUCAACUUCAUCGAUCACACUAGUGAUAUUGGAUGGAAAGAGACUCAGAGAGUGCAACCAAUCAUAGUAGAUGCUGGAAUAUACUUGGCAGGAAGAAAUCAGUUCUUCCAAGCCACAGAGAAACGUGAUACUCCUGAUGGUUUCAAAUUCUUCACAGGUUCUCCGUGGGUCAUUCUAAAUCGACGGUUUAUAGAGUAUUGCAUAUUUGGUUGGGAGAAUCUCCCUCGAACUCUUCUCAUGUACUUCACAAACGUAAUGCUACCUCAGGAAGGGUAUUUCCACUCAGUUGUAUGCAACUCAGACUUCCGUAACUCCACAGUUAACAGCGACAUGCGGUAUAUGGAAUGGGAUGAUCCACCCCAGAUGGAACCCCAUUUUCUGAACACGACACAUUAUGAUGAGAUAGUGGAGAGCGGAGUGCCUUUUGCUAGAAAGUUUCGGGAGAAUGAACCGCUGCUGGACAAGAUUGAUGAAAGAGUACUCCACCGUUGGCGUCACAGACCUGUUCCUGGUGCCUGGUGCACAGGCAGAAAAAGGUGGUUCAAUGAUCCAUGCUCCCAAUGGAGCAAUGUCAACAUUGUAAGACCUGGUCCCCAGGCUGAGAAGUUCCGCAAACAUAUGAAUCAGAUCAUAGAGGAAUCUGCAUCAGGCAACAACUCAUGCAAGCAAUAGCAGCAAUGAAGCGCGAGAUUUCACUUCCCAUGUUUGAAGCGAUGAGCUUUUCUCAUUUUGCAUAGAGGGGCUCUUCACGAACUUCAGCAGUUAACGCUUCCAGAGCGAACAUUUUUGCACCUGGGUUACAAGCACACGUCCAAAGGUGAGAUGGGUUUAUUCUUUCCAGAUUUUUUGGUAACUGUCAUGGCUUCAAGGGCCUCACUGCAUAGCGCAUACUAGCUUAGUUGGAAGUCAGAGUGCUGAUGGUCGGAGCACCAAAGCUAAUAGGCAGUGUAAUUAUUAGUGAUCAGUUGAAUGACUUGUGCGACUGUUUAUAGAACUGAUGGAAUUCUGGGUGCUCCCAUACAGGAUUGAGAAAAAUGAAGAGUGGGUGAUGGUGGUUGGAUUCUUACUGUUGUGGUUAAUACAAUGCUCUUUGCGCCCAUGGCACCUCACUAACUAUUUAAUAUCAUGCAUUGCCAGGAUUUGAGUAGUA